UGCAAAUAAAAGUAUAAGUGAAUCCAAACAACUUUCAUUGACUUCCGCGGUCAGUUUAGUUGGACGUCUGUGGUGUUAUCCCAUAAUAAACGGGUCACCCCACACAAUCAAUUAGAUCAUCAUAUGACAUCGCGUCAUUUAAUGUCAUUCCAUGCGAUUUGUUCUGUUUUUCGCGUUAUUCUACUCGUUGGUCGCGAUUAACGCUCAAGAAAUCGUCGAUCCGCAGUUGCUCGAAAUAAACCAGCAAGAUCCAAUCGACCACUCGGAGAAUGUCGACAACUACCAACUAGCCGAUAUUUUGGAUGCCGCCCAUUUAGAAAACGCCAGCAUUUCCAUCGAUAUCCUUCAGAAGCCCGUCGAUUCAGCCCAAAGCUAUGGAAAACCUCCAAGUCCCACGAGUUUCGAGAUAAAAGCAGUCGUAAGCAAAUGCGUGAGAAAGAACAAACUAUGCGACGACCACCUCGAAUACAGUCGAUUCAAAACCAAGAGAAGAAAAGCGGAGAGCGGAGAGGAAAAACCAAGAACUAGCCCUUUGGAAAUGUGCAACAAGAAAAUAACCGUAACUUUAAAAGUUCUAAACGAAGGUGAGACGAAUUGCGAAGUACAAUACGUGGUGUUGGACAAAGCGCUCGACUCCACCACUGGGAAGAAAGGGAAGUUGUUGAACCCCUACGUGAUGAAAAUUAGACAGACGCCCGUUUUUCAAACGCACGGGCUGUUUUACGAAGGCUCCGUUAACGCGAGAGCGUCUGAAAAAGUGCUGAACAAGGACGUAGAAGGUUAUACAGGUUGCAACUCAGAAUCAUCAAACCCAACCUGCGCGUCCACCAAAUUUACCCCCGAUGAAGUGCCGUAUAGUCAGGGUUUUUGCUGCGGUUGCAGCCCGAAAGAGCCGAUCGCGUACCCCAUAAACGAAGAAAAUCACGAAAAAGACAUCCGAUCUGCACUAAGAUGGGAAACAAACAAAUUUAAUCUACCUGGGUACAAUAAAAACGAUUAUGGUCGUAAUGGGAUCGACGGCAAAAGUGACGACAUCAAAGGGUCCGAUUUACCUGACGAUGUCAUUAACUAUCCGAAUAUUGGCGAACGAUUAAUGUCUCGGAAUGGCCAUUUUCGUCGCAUUCAAAAAAGGGGAUGGCAGGACUGUGACAACACUUACACACCGCCGAACUUGGACCAAUCUUACCACCAAAGCGCCCACUGUCUGGAAUUUGCUGACACUUGGUAUUCGGUCUACAACUUAGGCGCACCCACCAUGGACCAUUCCCUCACCAUCCAGAUUUACGAGAAAAUCUCUCUCGGCCACGGAAAGAUCUUGUGGCGGGAAAUAACAGAAGGAAUGCCGAUUCUUUUGGGAACAUCCAAACGGCUAUAUUUCAGCCGAAAAGGCAACUUGAUGGCACGUUAUUCAUGGGAUGGAAGCAGCAGAAUGGAAUUCUCCCUUGACCACAAGUCUCGGAAACUGUUGAUACCCGAAUCCGAAGUGCGGGACCCAGACACACCACGUCCAAAACAAUCAGGCGACGACUCUGGAGAAUACCUGGUCCUCCACGCUAACAGCAUCGAUCUGAGUGGACGUUCUUGCAACAAGGCGGGCGUCGGAUUCGAAGCAUUUGCAAAACAACCUCACAGAUGCGAACGAGAAAGAAAUUCCUGCCUUGCAAAUCAGCCGCAACAGCUAUGGCAGCAAGAUCGGAAAGCGGAAGAGAGCGGCGAAAAGGGUCGCCACUUCCUUAAGUACUAUGGUAGUCUUCCCGAUAAUCCUAUAAGGAAAAUAUGUUGCAACGGCACCGCCGCAGACAAUUGCGCCAAAACGCUCUACAUGCAUUACACCAAGUGCUUCACCCACACGAUCCGAGUUGAUUUCGUCGCCGAAUCAAAUGCCGUCUUGCAAUUAGACGCGUUAGCCACCAUCACGGAAGUCUACACCGAAUUCUUGGACGCCAGAAAAAUCACCCUCACGGCAAAAAUCUUCAACUCCGGAUUAAUGAGCGGCGUGUUCUACAUCGGUCUCCACGCCUGUCCGACUCAGUUACCGGCCAGUUUCAGCAACGGCGUUUCUUCGAAGCCCGCUUUGAUUCCUCCACAACAGCAGCACAUCUUCGCCCUAGAUAUCUAUUGCGAUAUCCGGCCGAAUGAUUUCUUUUGCUCACUCGAAGUCAUCACCGGCGGUGGGGAAUUAACUGCCGUGAGACGAGUGAGGUUCAGAAAACUAGACAGGUGCGUCUGUGCGUGGCACUGUCGCUGCUCCUGUCUCGUAUCCGAUUACGGGUUGAAGUGUGGUCCGUUGGAGAUCGGGCAUUAUCACGCAGCUGGUUUUCAAGGAGGAAUGUCCGUACCAACUCAGAUAGUCCAUUACUCCCCUUACGAUGAUACAUUAUCGAUAUCAUGGCACAUAGUUCUCUACUGCUGUCUCACGCUCUUGUAUAUGGGUCUGAUCAAGGCUCUGCUGGGUACAUGCCUGACUCCAAUAAGUCAAUGGGGAUUGGAAAACAUGGUUGACCUGCCGAAAAAGUUGAACCGAUAUUACGAGCCACACUUGAGAGAUCGAAAAGUGAUAUACGACGACGCAGGGUGGCCCGUUCACCCGCAUACGAGAAGGCGGGUUCACAGUCUCCCAAUACCAACCUCGUUUUGUUUGAAUUUGGUGUUUUUCUUCGCGUUUCCUAUAGUGGCCUUGUGGAACCUGUCUAAAGGAUUGUUUAAGUCAAAAUCGCCGAACGCAUCUCGCUCGGACUUAGACAUGUGCCAGUGUAAAGUCGAUAGAAUUAGUCAGUUAAAAAAUGGUGGAGUCCAAAAUAGCUUAGCCACAAAGGCGGUAAACAUUAGUACGAGUAAAACAUCGUGAAUGAAAUUUUGGAUUUAUCUCGGAGGUAUGUUACAGUAUGUUCGAAAGAAGCCAUAUUGAAUCGACGGCUUUCUUGCG